ACAGUCUGGACGAGUAGAUACUGUAAGUAUAUAAGUAGCUAACAUUGAGCAGAGAAAGGUUUCAGUAAAGUGAACAUCUUUCCUAUCGCGUCUUUCAAUUGAGGAUUUUGUAUUACAUUUAGAAAAAUUAACGAUGAGAGGUUUAAUUUUUAUUACAUUUGUAGUUUUUAUUAAAAUAGUAUAUGGUAUUGAAAAAGAACAAGCUGUAACAGAUUGCAUCAGUGAAUUAUCGAUAGCUGAAGAAGUAAAAUCGCAUUUCAGAAACAAUGGAGAAAUUCCUGAUGAAACUGAUAGCAAAGCAAAGUGCUUGUUUCACUGUGUAUCCAAAAAAAUAGAAUUGACAAAUGAGCAAGGCGACAUUGACAAAGAUAAAGUUGUCGAAUAUGUAUCGAGUAAAUACGCUGAUUUGGAUAAAACUAAGCUAGAAGCUGUAGUCCUUCUGUGUGCGGAGAGGAGUGAAACCGAUCCGUGUGAAAAAUGGUAUGAAUUUACAAAAUGUCAACUAAAAGCGUUCUUGGAAUAUAAAAAAGGCACAAACAACUAGCUGUCUUCUUUUUUUCAUUAUUGAUGUAGAUACCUAUUGAAAUCGCGUAAGGACAAGGAGUAAACCAUGAAUUUCUUCGAAUUUCAAAUCGAAUUCAUUAUCUAGCCUUAUAGAUCUACUGCUUAAAUGUUAAGUUUUAUUUUAUUUGAAAUUUUACUCUUUUUUGCAUGAGGUAGAUAUUUUGAUGUUUGUUUUGUUCUUAUGUUUUUUCUGUAUUUAUUUUUUAUUAAUAAAAUGAAAAAUGCUUGCUUA